CAAAAACAAAGAGAGUUUUAUUGAGUGAUUGAUGGUAGAAAUUAAUUAAGUUAUUGAGUGAUGGAUGGCUUUUGUCUUUACCAUUUUUGUUUCCCCAAAAGGAGGCAGUAAUGGCAGAAAUAAUAUCUCAUUUUGUUUGAAUGAAGUUGAAUAAUAUUGCGGAAACAAACCCAAUAUCGGCGUCCAUUUGAUCAGCACAUAAUAAGAGGGGAUAGAUAUUGGAAUUGAAAUAGGGAGGGAGAGAGGAGAGAUGAACAUGGGGGGAAGAAAUUCAGGUGAACUGGGAGGUGGAAAAUCAGGGAAGAUGAGGCUAAAGAAGCUAAGAACAAGGGACGACAUGUCGAGAAUAAUGGUAGAAGAAGAAGAUUACCACACAGGAUUGUCAGCUUCAGUUCCAUUCAAAUGGGAGUCAGAGCCAGGAACUCCAAAGGCUAAUUUGCAUGAUAACAAUAAUGGAUCUCUUCUUUCUCCUCUCACUCCCCCACCUUCCUAUUUCUCCAAUCAUCUUAUCAUUAACUCAUCUCCUAUCAUCCAUCUUUCUUCUAAGCCUUCUUUUAAUAAGCCAAGUUGCCUUAACACUGUCUUCAGAAUGCUUUCUGUGAAGCCCACUCUCCAGCCUCCCUCCCCUGCUUCUUCCUCCUCCUCGAGUCCUACCAUGGAAAGACGGAGAUCCGGAAGUCCUAGGAGAUUGUCGUUUGAUUCGAGAGUGGACGACGACAACGAGGAUGACGAAAAUGAAGACGGCAAUGUAGAAUCACCUGUUUCUACUUUGUUCUUUGGACGUGGAAGUGAUAAAGGAUGCUACCCAAAUUUGGUCAAGGUAUUCACUAGACAUUCUAAAUGAAAUUAAACAGAGUUUAUUAUGUAUUGAGAAGAGGGCUAUAUAUACUACAUGUGUUUUGUUUUGUUUCUUGUUUUUUCUUGAGUUUAACCAUUGAUAAGAUGGGAUAGAAGCAUCAGUACUUCGGAGCUUCAUAUUGUUCAUAAUCUCCUUUCAUAAACAAAAAUGUAUCCAUAUAUAUAUGUGUGUGUGCAGUAUA